AUGGACAUCCCGAUCAAAAUGAAAAAAGUUCAACGAACGGGUACUUUAAUUCUCUCAAUGAUUUUUAUUCUAAUUAUAAUUUUGUACAAGAACUAUUCAAACGGACGUUGCACGGAGCCUAAGUCCAAAAACUACAAUUCUAAAUAUUGCAUAAAUGAAAUGGAUCGAUUUGAUUGGUAUUCCAUGAAAAAUCAAAACUCGUCUAUACCCGCCACAGAAGUUAGCACUCUGUACGCUUAUAAAUUUGAGCAUGAAAUCACAAUUACACUAUCAUCCUGGAAAUUUAUUGGCUACCGAGUUCACUGCCGGUACGUCGAUAAGGAUGGCGCAGAAAUUGGUCGUCCCUAUGAAACUUUUUCAUAUCCGGAGUUUGUGGUAAAUUGCCCGAAGCGAGACGGAACUUAUGAAAUUGGGUUGAGUGUAGAGGAGUUUGGAAGCUUCAAACCAUUACCAAUAAUUUAUCGCGUGUUGAAAAAACCCUUAUUUGAAUUGUCCAUGUGCGUUGCACCACUCUAUGGAGACGAGCCGAAAUGGUUGAUGUUUAUAGAAAUGAUUGAACACUACAAACUACAGGGUGUUGAGCAUUUUUAUAACUACAUCCAUGAGAUUUCGGAUUAUGACUCUAAAGUUAUUGACUACUACGCCGGACUUGGAAUCGUCGAGAAUCACUAUCUCCUCGAGAAAGGUCUGAGAACUGAUCGUCAUCGGCAUAUCAAUGAAGUUGUGGACUGCAACAUCUGGUCUCGAGGUCACUCAAAAUGGACAAUCUUCGCUGAUUUAGACGAGCGUCUAGUGAUGACCGACUACCCGGGAACAAUCUUGAACUAUAUCCGAGAAGUGGACGAUGAGAAAAUCGGUAGCUUGAAGUUCAGACAGCAAUGGAUAUUGAAGACAGAGCUGAUGCCACAGGAAUAUGAAGGAAAAGAUCAGCUGCUGCAAUGGAUGGCGGCUCACCGCUGGCACAAUUCAACCGGAAUCGCCCGUCCUGGACACACAACCAAAUGUAUUGUGGACUCAACAAAAGUAUUCAUAAUGUCAAUUCAUCUAGUAAUUGAAUUCUUCCCCGGGAAUGGGUACUAUGAGAAAGAGCUCAAGCCUGAAGAGGGACUCGUCAGACACUAUCGUGACCAAUCACUUGGAGAAUGGGGAGAGAAGUGGUUGAAAACCGUGAUGGAAUUCGGUCCUCUGAGAAAUACUGACUAUCCUAGAAAGUAUAUAGGAAAUCUCACGGAAAAUGUUGUAAAUACUGCUGCAAUUGUAUACGGGAAUCUAAUUAUUUAAUUUUUAAAUUUAUGUGGCUUUAUUUUUUUGUACGUUUAACAUGUACUUUCUUUCAAUUUUCAUUGGCACAAUUUUAAUAUUACAUAAAGCUAUAGUGA